AUGCACCACCAUAUCCAGCAGCAGCAGCAGCAGCAACAGCAACAGCAGCAGCAGCAGCAGCAGCAACGUCCUGCAGCAACGGGAGAGCUGGUCCAGGCAACUGCUAUUUCUUACCAAGGUGAUUCACAGCAGCAGCAGCAGCAGCUGCUGCUGCAGCAGCAGCAACAGCAGCAGCAACAGGAAACACCAGCAGCACUUAUAACAGAUACAGUUGUUGCUAACAGCGGACGCUUCAGACACCCAUACAAGGCGCUGCUGCAGGGAAGCAGCAGCAGCAGCACGACUGACAAGAGCUGUAGCGACAGCAACUGCAGCAGCUGCUGCAGCAACAACUGCAGCAGCUGCUGCUGCUGCGGCUGCGAGUGGCAGCAAAACUUUGCGGACGCCAGCACUGCAGCAGCAUCUGCGUUUGUGCAUCCUACCGAAGCGGAGGAGACACCUAGCAGCAGCAGCAGCGGCGGCAGCAGCACAACAGCAGCAGCACUAGCUGCUGCUGCUGCUGCGUACGAAGAUUCCCCGCGUGGAUGUCACAAGCCGGAAGCCAGCUCCCUGCACCACCAUCAGCUGCAGCAGCAGCAGCAGCAGCAGCAGCUAAUGCUGCACGGAGUUCCUUGUGAUAGGGGUGCUUGGUGUAGCAGCAGCAGCUACGUAGAGCAGCAGCAUGCUGCAGCAGCAGCGGGCGCAGCAGCAGCAGCAGCAGCAGCAGCAGCAGCUUGCACUGUACAUUCUCUACACUUCAUGGUGUCUGAGGCUGACCAGCAGCCGCAGCAGCAGCAGCAGCAUGUAGGACAUUGGGACAUUAUCCGUUACGCAGAAGCAGGUUGCUGCUCCCCACACGAGGUGCUGCAGCAACAGCAGCAGCAGCAGACGGCGGAGCAGCAGCAGCAGCAGCCGCACUAUUGCCAGGGCCGGCUGCAGCACCAGCACCAACUUCAGCUGCAGCUAGCGCAACAUGUGCAGCAGCAGCAGCAGCAGCAGCAGGCGCUGCUGCAGUACAGGGGUCACCGCUGCCAAGCAGGCAGCAUGAGGCCGAGGCCUUCAGCGCAUGGUGGCCCCGCUGCUGCUGCUGCUGCUGCUGUUGCUGCUGCUGCUGCUGGUUCAAGCGAACGGCGUGGAGACGGGGAGUGGAGCGGAGGUGCGCAGUGCAUCUGCGGUCAAGAUGCAGCAGCAGCAGCUGCUGCUGCUGCUGCUGUAGCUGCGAAGAGCAGCAGGAGCAGCAGCAGCGGGAGAGGGUUAGGAGGGGCGGGGAGCGUCAGCAGCACUUUUCUGUCUGUUGCUGCAGCACAGCCCUGUUUGUCCUGCAGCAUCAGCAGCAGCAGCAGCAGCAACUGCUGCUGCUCCGCAGUGUCUCCUUCUAUGGGGCAUGCAACUGGCAGCACUUGCUGCGCAUCCGAAGCCCCUUCGCCUACUUCUCCUGCCUGCUACCCCUCGCCGCAGCAGCAGCAGUUUGUUGCUGUUGCGCAGCCUACAGCAGCAGCAGCUGCUGCUGCUGAAGGUGAGGCCAGCAGCAGCAACGCUCUCCUUAGCCAACGGCUUGCGACGCACUUGCAGCAGCAGCAACAACAGCAAACCUUGCUGUUGCUGCAGCAGCAGCAACAGCAGCAGGGUUUGCUGCAGUUGCACUUCCCCAGUCCCGGUGCAUGCCAAGAACAGCAGCAACAGCAGCAGGAGCAGCAGCAGCAACAGCAGCAACAGCAGCAGCAGCUACUUGGAGAUGGCUGCUGCACCUCUUCAGUUGAAGAGAUCUAUUGCAGCAGCGCGCAACGAGAGCAGCGGUUGCUGUCGGUGCUGCACGAGCAGCAGCACUUGCUGCAGCAGCGGCUGCAGCAGCAGCAGCACCUGCUGCGUCACCAGAGGCUCGCCAUUCACCAGCAGCAGCAGCUGCUGCUGCUACUGCGACAUAAAAAUAGCAGCAGCGCAGCGCCCAAACAAAUCCUGCAGCAGGCAUCAGCUCGCAGGCCUUAUAUGGUAGAGCAGCAGCAGCAGCAACAACAGCAGAUUCUGCUGCGGCAGCAUCAGCUGCUGCGGCAGCAACUUCUACGUGAACAGCGUUUCAAGCAGCAGCUGCUGCAGCGGACAUGGUGCCGUCGUCUCAUCGAGCAGCAGCAACAGCAGCAGCAGCAGUUGCUGCAGCAGCAGCACCACCAUAUGCAGGAUCAGCAGCAUACGCAGCAGUAG